AUGGCGGUUUCUUACUCUUCCUCACUGUCGAGCUUCGCCGCCGCCGCAUUUUCGGAAACGAAGGCUUCCAUCGCUCCGGCCUCUUCACAGGCAGUCAGAUUUGCCUCCAUUUCUUCGGCGCGCCCGUUCAUCGCCCCUCUGACAUCCAACUCUACCGUCCUCCGCAAUCGACGCGCAUCCUUCGUAACCCCACGCGCCGCCGCCGAAUCUCACUCCUCACCUACCUCCUUCCAUGGCCUCUGCUACGUCGUCGGCGACAACAUCGACACCGACCAGAUCAUCCCCGCCGAGUACCUAACCCUCGUUCCUUCCAACCCCGCCGAAUACGAGAAGCUCGGAUCCUACGCCCUAAUCGGACUCCCGGCUUCCUACGAGAAGAGAUUCAUCGAGCCGAACGAGACGAAGACGAAGUACUCCAUCGUGAUUGGUGGGGAGAACUUCGGGUGCGGCUCGUCUCGCGAGCACGCUCCGGUUGCUCUGGGGGCAGCGGGAGUGGCGGCGGUGGUGGCGCAGUCGUAUGCGAGGAUCUUUUUCAGGAACUCGGUGGCGACGGGGGAGGUGUAUCCGCUGGAGAGCGAGGUUAGGGUUUGCGAAGAGUGCAGGACUGGGGAUGUGAUAACGAUUGAGCUGGGCGAGAGCCGAUUGAUCAAUCACACGACCGGGAAGGAAUACAAGCUGCAGCCGAUUGGGGACGCCGGUCCGGUGAUUGAGGCCGGCGGGAUUUUCGCCUAUGCCAGGAAGACUGGGAUGAUUCCACAAUCAGCUUAA